AUGUCUAAAUCUCUAAUAAAAAUUGGAAAGUAUACUUUGAACAAGAAAGAAAUGAUUGGAAAAGGAUCUUAUGGAUUAGUUUAUUAAGCUAUUUAUGAUGGAGAAGAAUUUUGUGCAAAGGUAAUUCUUAAUUUUAAAUAAGUAAAUAUUAACCAAUGGACCAUAAAAGAAGUUUACUGAUAGAGAAUUAUAAAUAUUACGAAUGCUUAGAGACUCACCUAUUUAAAAUCCAAAUAUUGUUCAUAUAUUUGAUGUCAUUUAAAAUGAAGGUGAUAAUGAAGUUUACAUUAUUAUGGAAUAUUGCAGAGGAGGUGACUUGAAGAAAGAAAUGGAAUAUAAGAAAAAACAUAAUUAAUGGUAUACUCAUUAAGAAAGUUUGAACAUUAUAGCUCAAAUUAUCAAAGGAUAUAAGAGUCUUUAUGAAGUUGAAUUUAUUCAUAGAGAUCUUAAACCAGCAAACAUUUUAAUUUAAAGUGGAUUUUAUAAGGUAUUCUAUGUGUUCAUUUAAUAGCUUGCUGAUUUUGGAAUGGGUAGAUUCAUAAAUUCAACCUAAUCUUCCAAUGUUGGAACUCCUGCCUAUUCUGCCCCUUAAAUCUUCUUUGACCCCUAUUAUACUAACAAAUGUGAUGUUUACUCUGUAAAUUAUGUAUUAAUAAGUUAGUUAGGGGUUAUUUUUUAUGAACUGAUUUUUAAGGAAAAACCUAUAAAUGGUAAAACAUAAGCAGAAUAGAUUCCUUUAUUGAGGAGUUCUAAGUAAAAUAAAAUUACUUGCCCUAGAGAUGAAAAUGUAAGCAGCAUUUACAAUAAUAGAUAGAUCUUCGCAUCUGUGUUCUAAUAGAAUAAAUGCUUUCUUAUGAAGAAUAAAACAGAAUUAGUUGGAUUGAUUUAUUUGAACACCCAUUAUUUAAUGGAUAAUAAGCCUUAUAAACAGCCCAUAUCAGAAAAUCCUCAUUAUUAGUAUAAAAAUAAUAGGUUAAAUUCUAAAAGAGGCCUAACACUCCAUAUUAUCAUUUUUCAAAAAAAUUGUAUAAUUCUUUGGAAGAUGCAUAAAAUCUAAAUGGCUUAAAACAUCUUGCUGAAAUAAUAAUGUCAAAAGGUGAUGUUGCAUAUGAUUUGGCUAUAGCUCUAGCAGAACAAUAAAGUAUAAUUGCAGAAAAUCAAUUAUAAAUUUUAUUAUUCUGCCUUUUUAGUUACAAAUAUUUUGCUUGUUCAAAUACAAUGGGAAUGUGUACAAAUUAAGAUAAUUAUUGUCAUAAUUCUAUCUUCUAAAUAUUCCCAAAAUUUCAUGAUUUAAUUUAUGAUUAUUCUAAAUCAAAUACUUAAGAUAGUUAAUAAAUGAGAAGCAUUAUUGUUUCAUAAUUUGGACAUUUAAAUGGCUAUUAUAGAGUAAAUUUAUGAUUAAAUAAAUAGGAUUCAUAACAAUUUGUAUCAUAAAUUAAUGAACUUGAAAAUUAACAUCCAGAAUUCUAUUCAAAAGUUGUUGAGAGAGAUAACGAUUAGAAUAAUUAUAUAAGUUAUUUAUAUUGGUUUGUAUUCUUUUUCAACAAGUGGUUUGAAGAUACUGUCUUUCCUAAUUAGAAUCAAAUCAAUAAAGUACUUACUUUAGAAUCAGCAUUUCCACUAGAAAAAUUUUGGGCUAAAUCACCAUCAUAGAUCAUUACAAUUAGAAAAAAUAGUUUAUGA